AUGAGCCUGGUGGCCUGCGAGUGCUCACCUGGCUCUGGCCUGGAGCCUGAGCCCUGCUCCCGAGCCCGGUCCCAGGCUCGCAGGUACCUGGAGCAGAUUCGUAACCGGGUGGCCCCAGGGGUGUCUGACAUGACCAAGCGCGACUACCUGGUGGAUGCAGCCACGCAAAUCCAGCUGGCCCUGGAGCGUGAUGUCAGUGAGGACUACGAGGCGGCCUUCAACCACUACCAGAACGGCGUGGAUGUACUGCUGCGUGGCAUGCACGUCGACUCCAACAAAGAGCGCUGCGAAGCUGUGAAGCUGAAAAUUACCAAGUACCUACGACGGGCUGAGGAGAUCUUCAACUGCCACCUGCAGAGGACGCUGGGCGGCGGAGCCAGCCUGGGCACGGGUUUCAGCAGCUUGCGGCUCCGGCCCAUCCGCACACUGAGCUCUGCCCUGGAGCAGCUGCGGGGCUGCAGGGUGGUCGGGGUCAUCGAGAAGGUGCAGCUGGUCCAGGACCCAGCAACUGGCGGGACCUUCGUGGUGAAGAGCCUGCCCAGGUGUCAUGUGGCGAGCCGGGAGAGACUGACCAUCAUCCCGCACGGUGUCCCCUACAUGACGAAGCUGCUACGGUACUUUGUGAGUGAGGACUCCAUCUUCUUGCACCUGGAGCAUGUGCAAGGAGGUACUCUCUGGUCCCACCUGCUCUCCCAGCCGCACCCUCAGCAGUCCAGCUCCACCCAGGAGAGCACAAAGUCUCCUCUCCACUCUCACCUCUGCCCUCGGAGCCCAACGUUGCGCCCCUUUGGCCACCCCCAGCAGCAGGACAGAGUACCCCUGGAACCUCCGAGGACUUCUCAGAGCCCUCCCCAAGCCAAGGAAGCUGAAGGCGAACUCGCAGCCAGGACCUGGGCUUCCCACUCCUUGGACCUGCCAAAGGCCUCGGGUGGCCAUGUGCACUUUCAAGCCAGGCGUGAACCUCGCCAGAGCUUGGAUACCAGGCCCCCUUGGGGGCUCCCUUGGGUUCACGAGGGAGCUGGCCGGGUGCUGGGAGGCUAUGGCCGAGGCCGGGCUCCCAGCCGCCCCUUGGUGGAUGGGACUGCUCUGGGGUCUGGUGGGGGUGCCUGGAGGGUGAGAGAGGAGCAGGUGAAGCAAUGGGGGGCCGAGAUGCUGGUGGCACUGGAGGCGUUGCACGAGCAGGGGGUGCUUUGCCGGGACCUCAACCCCCGAAACCUGCUCCUGGACCAGUCAGGCCACCUCCGGCUCACGUAUUUUGGCCAGUGGUCAGAAGUGGAGCCCCAGUGCUGCAGGGAGGCAGUGGACAACCUGUACAGUGCCCCAGAGGUGGGGGGGAUUUCUGAGCUGACUGAAGCCUGUGACUGGUGGAGCUUUGGGUCUCUGCUGUAUGAAUUACUGACAGGAACGGCACUGUCCCAGAGCCACCCCUCGAAAAUCCAGGCCCACACCCAGCUCCAGCUGCCCGAGUGGCUCAGCCGCCCUGCAGCCUCCCUGCUAACUGAGCUGCUGCAGUUUGAUCCCAGCCGGCGCCUCGGCACUGGAGGUGGUGGUGUCAGCAAACUCAAAUCGCACCCCUUUUUCAGUACUAUCCAGUGGAGCAAACUGGUGGGGUAG